AUGAAGGAAAUUUCUUCUGUUACCAAGUCAAUCAUAUGGUGGUUGGGUAAGAGCUAUGCAGAUUGGAAAAUUGGUCAUGAUGAUCACUAUGACUAUGCACCAACAACCAUGUUAGAAGGUGAUGGGGAAGAUGAUGAUGUAGAUUACGACUAUGCCCCUACAACGUCAGAAGGAGAUGUAAAACAGAGGUGGUGGGAUCCAGAUAUGGUAGUUUAUGAGGGUGAGAUAAGGAGGGGCUGCGACGGGGUGAAGAUCCGUCGAUGGUGCCAAUGGUAUUGGUGGUUGAAGCAGUGGUUAAAGGUAGUUGUUGUUUCCGGUUUAAAUGGAUUUCAAUGGGGUGGUAUACAAAGCACCUGGGUCAAGUUAGUUGUCAUCUGUGGGAUUCGACUGAUGUGA